AUUUAUUCCUGCGAUUUUAUUAUUUCACACACGUGAAAAACGCACAUUCUUGAAAACAACUCUAUUCACCCCCCCCCUCUAGAGUUGCACAUUUGUCUAACAAUUGGUAUCGGAGCAGGAAGUUCUUCGAAUACGUUAUUUUUUCAGGAAUUAAAAGAUCAAAUGGCAUCAAGAAUGUUCAACGCGGGAGUGACCGAGGGACAAUCAACCACAAGGCCACCUUUGUUCGAUGGAACAAACUACUCGUAUUGGAAGAAGAGGAUGAGAAUCUUUAUCCAAUCCAACGACUACAAGCUGUGGUUGAUUGUGAAGAACGGCUGCGGAGUCCCUAUGAAGAAAGUUGGUGAAGUCAACGUUCCCAAAACCGAAGAGGAGUUCACCGACGAAGACUGCAAAAAAAUGAAGCUCAACGCAAAGGCAAUAAACAUGAUUUAUUGCGGUGUUAACGCGGAUGACUACCACAAAAUCUCGAGGGGGUUUACGCGUUCAAAGGUGGACGCAAUCGAAGAAGGUUGUGACUUCCAAACAAUGACCUAUGAUGCUCUUCGAGGUAAUCUUAUUACCUACGAAACCACCCAACUCUCAAAGGUGGUUGAAGAGAGGAACAAGAGGUCUAUUGCUCUACCCGCAACAACAUUAACCCACAACAACGUUGAUGAUGAAGAUGAUGACAGCGACGACACCGACCUCGGACUCUUUGUCCGAAAAUUCAAGAAGAUGAUGCUCAAGAAGGGAGCCAAGAAGAACACUCCACCCAAAUGCUAUGGGUGUGGUGAAAUUGGACACAUCAAACCAAUGUGCCCAAAGCUCAAUAACGAGAAGGACAAGAGGGCACUGAAGAAGCAACGCGCCUACAUUUCUUGGGAGAACGACGGCUCCGGGAGUGAAGACUCGGAAACGGAGGAAGUGGCCAACUUAUGUCUCAUGGUCAUUGAAGAUGGUGAUACAUCAAAAGAGGCUUCGAGUACCUCUUGGUAUCUCGAUAGCGGAUGCUCCAAGCACAUGACCGGAGACGCAUCCAAAUUUAGGAGUUUAGAGUAUUUCAAAGGUGGCAAUGUCGUUUUUGGUGACAACAACAAAGGAAGAAUCAUUGGAAGUGGCACCGUCGGGAAGGACAAUGCUACAACCGUUGAGAACGUUCUUCUUGUUGAGGGCCUCAAGCACAAUCUUCUUAGCAAUGCCAAUUGUGCGAUAGAGUGCCUUCAUCUUCAUCGCCAUCUCAGUUUUACAGAGACAGUGCAAAACCCUAGCUGUUUCCCUUCUCCUAUUUUCUCAAACUUCAUCAGAAAUUUCUCAAAUUUCUUCCAUUUUCUCACCAAAUUUCAUCAAUUUCAAAGAGGAAAGAUGCCAAGGUGCAAGAACGCUUCAUCACGUCAAGAAUCGGCGGAAGAAGAAGGUGAGAGGCCAUGGCGUCGUGAAGGGAGCAAGUAUAUUCACAUCCAAAACGGACUCGCCUUCAACACUGGAGCUUCAGCCGAGAGGUUCCACAACAUCUUUCUCACGAAGGAGAUCGUCUCACCUAAGAUCGUGAACAAGGACCUCUUCAAAUCGGCGACCUAUGCCCCGAGUAAGUCUCUUUUCUCUCAGCAAGGAUUGCUUCGUUUCAUCCAUUUGACUGAUGGAACUCGUUUUUCCCAUCUUCGUUUUGCCAUCCCCAUCAUGCAUAUCCUUGCACAUUCCAAAAUAGACUUUACUCAGGACACUCAGGUGCCGGUCAAGAAGACUUGUUUCAUCACUAAAGCCAAGUUUUCCCAGAUCGUGUACCGUGAGGAGGGCGAUGCUGCACCAAAUCUGGACCUGAUUGUCGCAGACAAAGAAGAGAGCCAAAACGAGACUCAAGCAGAGUCAUCUCGUGCCGGAGGAAGUCGAGCCACGGAGCGCGUCACUCGUCAACGCAGGACUCGUACAAGAGAAGAAGCACCGGAACCUUCUUGGGUGAAGAGGAUCUUCGAUACUCUCACGUGCAUCCGAGAUGACGUUCGCCAGCUCAAUGAGAGGAUGACUCGUUUUGAGCAAUCCCGAUCCUACCGUGGCCCGCGUCACAGCUUUAGCGGAGGAGCUCGUCCGGCGAACUCUCUUUGAUUGUUUUUUCCUUCUGUCUUAACUUAAUAUGAUACAUUGUUAUUUGUUAUUGUUGUUGUUAAUGACUCUUUUGAUGAAUGAUUAUGUUGCCAUUAUGUAUUUGUUUGUUGGUUUGGCAAUAUGGUUCUCUUUUAGAACUUAUUGUCCCUUUGUGGCAUUCUUGUUAGAAGUUUUUUUUAAGAAAAUUUCUUACAAAUU